AAAAAUGAGUUCAUAGACAAGACAUCGAAAGUGAAGGAUUUUGCUGAACACCAAUGGUUUGUGAGGAAUAUUCCGUUUAUUGAGAUUCCGGACAAACAUAUAGAAGACGUGUAUUACUAUCGGUGGUCAUCACUGAAGAGACACUUGCGAUACACCAUCACUGGUACGGGUUAUAUGAUCACCGAGUUUGUCAAUGAUAUCGGUUAUGCCAACAAGUUUGGUGUAAUCAACGCCGCCGGUGGACACCAGAUAUAUGAGGCUCGUUGGCUCAGGGAUACCAGAUAUGCCAAAUUUGGUGUAAUCAACGCCGCCGGUGGACACCAGAUAUAUGAGGCUCGUUGGCUCAGGGAUACCAGAUAUGCCAAAGAUUAUAUUAAUUUCUAUGCUCGUGGACUAGAAACUGGAGGUAAUCAUCAGUAUUCUGAAUGGAUCGCAGACUCGGCUUAUAAUACAUAUUUGGUUAACGGAGACAAAGAGUUUAUUGUCUCUCAAUUGGAUGGCUUUGUGAAGAUAUACAACGAUUGGGUCGACCAUUUCGAGCCUAAACUGGGUCUCUAUCACAUAUCUCCUGAAUGGGAUGCUCAGGAAUAUUCUGCGGCAUCCGUGCAAACCAAGGACCAAUAUCACGGGGGACUGGGUUAUAGGCCGAGUCAUAACUCGGAAAUGUAUGGCAACGCCGAAGCCAUUGUAAAAAUGGCACAAAUGAAGGGAAAUAAAGAUAUUGAGAAUGAGUUCAUAACUAAAGCCAAGGAAUUGCGAGAAAAUAUAAUUAAAUAUCUUUGGGACACAAACAGACUAUUCUUCUUUCAUAUGCAAAGAGAGAAUAACCCGAAUAAUACACUUCUGGACACCCGUGAGGAGGUGGGUCUCUACCCCUGGAGAUUCAAUGUACCGGACGGUCGCACCAACUUUUCACUCGCUUUCAGCCAAUUGUUUGAUUCCCAGGGCUUUGACUCCCAAUACGGACCGACCACUUGUGAGAUGAGGAGCAAGUGGUACGACGGCACCCAAAAGCACCAGUGCUGUUGGUGGAACGGUAACUCGUGGCCAUAUUCCACGGCACAUAUACUCAGAUCCCUGGCCACACACCUCAGACAAUACAGUCAACAGAAUCCU